UCUGUUCACUGUAGGAACAUGGCCAUGCUACCGGAAGUCAUCGCCAUCCUGGCGCUGUUGGCCUGCCAAGCUCAGUCACAUUUAUUGCAAACGGAAUCUGUGCGUCGCAACCUUAUUGUGGAGGUUGGAGACGCCGCAAAUCAGUAUUCCACCGCGAAACCAUGUUCAGGAAACGAGACGAGCUUUAUGGGCUGCUUUCUUGCCUCGUCCAACGCUAAAGACUAUCCAUGGGGCUCGCCCGAGAUCCGCUACCCGGCGGAUGGCUCCCCAUGGGGCGUCCAUCUUACGGGCCCUUAUCCGGACGGUACGACCUACCUAGUGUCAUGGCUCACUGGUGCACCCACCAUCGGCCGCAACCCCGCGCAGCCCAACACCAGCAGCCUCAUAACACACGCCGCAGUGACCCCCGCACAAGGUGGCACAGAAACUAGAUUCGCGGGCUCAAUCAUAACGUACUUACGCCUGUACAGCGAUACCACGUUGGCCAAUUACUCGUACCUCUCGCCGUACAUCCACCACGUCAUUCUUGCCAACCUGGCACCCAGUACGACGUAUAACUACAAAGUAAGCUGCCGCAAUGGCAGCCUGGCCGGCAACUACAGCUUCAAAACGCUACCCAAGAAGACGGCCGGCGACGGAUCCUCGCCGUACCCACUACGGAUUGGCAUUAUCGGUGAUGUGGGUCAGACGCGCAACAGCACUGCGACUCGAGAUCAAGUCGUUUCUAACAACCCCCAGGUAGUUAUCCACGUUGGCGACAACUCCUACGCGGACAACUACCAUGCCUCCAACCCCGACUUAAACAAGGCUGGGGGCACCAACCAACAGCGCUGGGAUUCAUUUAACGUACUCUGGGAGCCGCUGUUCAGUAAGGUCCCCGUCCUCAAUAUACCUGGAAAUCACGAGAUAGAGUCGACGGGCAUCAAGUCGACAAUCUCCCUCACCACCACCUCUUGGAGCUUCCCCUCCAAUUAUCCCUUCCAGGCGUACGCCGCCCGCUUCCCAGUUCCCGGCUCCACUCCCGCCUCCUUUGGCAACAUCACCGCCAACAUGUUCCAUUCCACGGUACUGGGGGGUGUCGCGACGCUCAUCUCCAUCAACAACUACAUCGCAUUCCAACCGGGUAGUCCUCAGUACAAGUGGGCCCUAUCCGAGUUUAAGAAAGUGAACCGCACCCAGACGCCGUGGUUGUUCGUACAGUUCCACACGUCAGCCUACCACACGUACACCAACCAUUACAAGUCCAUGGAGUGCUUCCUGUCCAUUUGGGAGCCUAUCUUCUAUCAGUACGGCGUUGACCUUGUUUUUAACGGUCACGUGCACGCAUACGAACGUACCCACCCGGUUUACAAAUAUCAGAAGAAUACAUGCGGCCCAAUCUACGUCACUGUGGGUGACGGUGGCAAUUUGGAAGGUCUGUACCGCGACUUUGUCGACGACAUCAGCUCGAGCGCCGGCAAGCCACGUUGUGAGUUGUUCACGGCUUCCGGGCUCUCGCCAGCUGCGCUCUAUUACCAGAACCCCGGCGGGUGGAGCUCCUCGGGGCCCAGGCCGUCUAACUGCCCGACAAUGAGUUUCCAACCAGCAACCGGUCUGGAGGGCGGCCCUCCGCUGAUGCUGCUCAACACAACCGCGGGGCAGCCGCUCCUGGGGUUUUGCCAGAGCAGCCAGCCACUUUGGUCGGCGUGGCGCGACCCCAGCUUCGGCCAUGCCAUCCUAGACCUGAUUUCGGACACCACGGCGAGGUUCCGGUGGUACAAGAACCUGGUAGGAUUGAAGGUCGCCGUCGACGAUGUCGUACUCGAGCGCAAGGACGCGUGCGUGAACCGCCGCCGCCGUCAAAGCCGCCGAGCCCGGAGAAUUCUUGCAUAGCCUAGAGGAGUAACAGAUCAAAUUAACAUCCUUCGUUAGAAGCUGAUGAUAAUAAUAUUUUCCCCGCAUGUACAUGCUAUAAUAAGCAAAGUGGCGACGUCGCGAAGUACUUGGCCAGCUGGCUAUCUGCCAUGCAACUUCUGUUGUGCAUGUACUGUAAUGAGUAGAGUAAGGACGAGAUACGAAUAAAGGGAAGCGGAAACAAUUAUACGAGUUUACUGGCUAGUUGGUUCUUGACAACCAAAUGUCCGCCUAGACGGAACUAACCAAAGUAAGGAUAUACUCUUGUUGGAGUACGAUGUACGAUAGUACGGCAGGAGUUGUUCCGCCUAUGCGUUACAAGUAAUAGUAAUAAGAAUAUGUUAGUCAUUACCGUAUUUAACGGAAUGCUCAUAACAUUCUCCCCCUCUUAAAGUCUGUUCGUCCUCGACAGACCCGCUUCAAUUCCGCCGCCACGGAUAACCGUGUAAGAGCAGAGCAGUAAGCGCCUCACUGACGGGAUU